GUCUCUGCUUAUACUGGAGCCGUUACCGUCUGUCUCGCCAGCCCUGCGUUUCCCUCCAUUCAAGCGCUUUUUCCUUCUGCUGUCCGAAAAACCGAAAAAACAAAAAAUAAAAAAUAAAAUUUUCUUUUCCAAAUUCCGCAACUUUCUUUUAUUCCUUGUUCGAAUCCAUUUUCUUUGUUCGUAUUUGUUUUUACCAGCCGUACUGUUUCAUAUGAUUCCUGCAAAACUUUAGCUCGGCUAGACUCUGUUCGAGCUUACUGGAUCAAGAAGCUUCUUGGCCUUUGCUUGUUAUGCAGCCUAAUGGUAAAAAAAUAUUGAAGCCUCAGAAGGAGUUUAGAUCAGUAUGCAAGCUUUUCUGAAACUGGUUUUCUUUGCUGUUUAAACACAUUGGCCAAGUAGAAAUCUAUUUAGCUAUACUAAUCACAAUGAGAUGAAAUGAAAAGGCCAUUGCGACCCCUGGUUGGUAUCCGGAUGACAGAAUAUCUAAGGCGUUGCGCCGGCUACAGAAUCGAAUGGAGAAGACUAUUUUUGAUGGGAGCCAUAAUGACUGCAGCUGGUGUUGUGCUGCAAAUGUUUACACUUCCUUAUCCACUGAACGUCUGGUUCCUUUCUAUGCCUGUAACGGUUACAACUACUACUACUACUACUACUACUUCAGGUGAAUCCAAUUCUACCAUGAAAUUGAGAGAGAGAGUCAUUGAGUCUAGAGUCGAACACUCUCGAAUUGUUUCGGCAGCCCCAAGUGUUUUGCUGAAUUCUCGUACUGAGUUGAGUGAGACGGUCAUUGAGCCAGAUACAUCAUCACCUCUUGAGCCACAGAUCAAGGCUCCAACUCGCCAGACGAGAAAAUCUGUAUCCAGAAGGAGAAAGAAAAAUAUCAAAGUGAAAAAGGUCUUACCACCACCUCCUCCUCCCCCUCCUCGUCGAAUUAUACCUUAUCGCUUGCAGAAAUUUAUUUGGUCCUUGCGACCUAUUGAGGCACUUGAGUAUGCAAAGAAAGAGAUUGAGCAUGCACCAGAGGUCACUGAUGAUCCUGAACUCUAUACCCCUUUAUUUCGAAAUGUGUCUAUUUUCAAAAGGAGCUAUGACUUGAUGGAAAUGAUACUUAAAGUCUACAUUUACCCUGAUGGAAAAAGACCCAUUUUUCACGAGCCCCAUCUCAGGGGAAUUUAUGCAUCUGAAGGAUGGUUUAUGAAAUUAAUGGAGGAAAACGGGCAGUUUGUCACAAAGGACCCUGAAAAGGCACACUUAUUUUAUCUACCAUACAGUGCACGCCAACUAGAAUUGGCUCUUUAUGUGCCUGGAUCACAUAAUUUAAGACCCUUAUCGAUUUUCUUGAGGGACUAUGCCAAUAUGCUUGCUGCAAAGUAUCCAUUUUGGAAUCGCACACAUGGGUCGGAUCACUUCCUUGUUGCUUGCCAUGACUGGGGCCCUUACACAUUAACCAUGCACACAGAACUGACCAAAAACACCAUCAAAGCUCUAUGCAAUGCUGACCUCUCGGAAGGAAUCUUUACCGCCGGACAAGACGUUUCACUCCCAGAAACUACCAUAAGGACUCCAAGGAAGCCACUCAGAAACAUAGGUGGUGGAAACAGAGUGUCACAGCGUCCAAUCCUGGCAUUUUUCGCCGGAAACAUGCACGGCAGGGUCCGUCCGACGCUUCUCAAACAUUGGGAGAACAAAGACGAAGAUAUGAGAAUAUAUGGACCUCUACCAGUAAGGGUAUCCAGAAAAAUGUCUUAUAUUCAGCACAUGAAAACAAGUAAAUAUUGUAUAUGUCCAAUGGGAUUUGAAGUAAACAGCCCCAGAAUCAUUGAGGCUAUAUAUUAUGAAUGUGUACCGGUGAUUAUAGCAGACAAUUUUGUGCUUCCAUUUGCUGAGGUGCUAGAUUGGAGCUCAUUCUCUGUGGUCGUUGCCGAGAAAGAUAUUCCAAAGUUGAAGGAGAUUUUAUUGGCUAUUCCAUUGAGAAGAUAUCUGACUAUGCAAAUUAAUGUGAAGAUGGCUCAGAAGCAUUUUAUUUGGAAUCCAAGACCAGUCAGACACGAUUUGUUCCACAUGAUUCUGCAUUCUAUCUGGUUUAGCAGGUUGAACCGGAUUCAAAUCUCAGAGUCGUAGUAAAUUGUAUUGUAUUAAAUGUGUAACUAGGCAUUAAUCAUUGUUGCUUACAUAAAUUAAAUGUAGUUUAUUAUUAUUAUUAUUAUUUUUUUCAGAUUAUAGUGAGUGAUUUGAGUUGAAUAACAACCAAUUCAGCUGCAUGUAUAGAGACCAGAGAUAUCGAGUCGAUUUUUUUUUUUUUUUCUUUCUAAAUUAUAGUGUGAUUUGAUUUGAAUGACAACCAAUUAAGCUGAGCGUAUAGACCACAGAUGUACGGUAAUUUUUAUACCUAGCUACUAACACCGAUUGUAUAAAGG